GGCUCUCCCGGGAAGCUGCCCCAGAACAGCCUCCUGCAGUCCCACGGGCUCCCGGGCUGAGGAAAAGCUUUGCACGCAUGUGUUAAUUUGGAAAUGGAUUUUCCAGGCUCAACACCAUAUGAUGGAGAGCAUAGACACAACCUCCCAAGACAUAUUUUUCCAAGUUGUACUUGUGCCUUUUUGGAUGACGAUCCUGCCUAUGAGUGCUCCACAAAUCCUCUGACAGGCUCCCUUCCUACAUGCCGCCGCAGCCCUCGACUGCUUUCUAAUGGUUAUUAUGUUUUGACAGAAGACAGUUUUCUGUCUGAUGAAGAGGGCAACAUAACACUGACACCAUCCCACACAAGUGUUACAUAUAAAGAGAAUUUAGUUCGUGUAUUCAGGCGAAGGAAGAAAAUCCGUCGCUCUCUUGACAGCUUGUUCAAUCUCAGUGCCUCCAGCUCAUGGCUCAGCUCCACCAUUCCCAGCAGGAUGGAUUUCUCCCUUGUAGAGGAUCCUUGGCCUGAUGGAUGUAGUAAACUAGAAGCCAGUCACAGUGAUAGUGGUGAUUCAGACUUUUCUUCUGAAUGUAAUAACCAUGUGUCACAAAGGCAAAUUCCAGCACCUAAUGGAUCAUUUCUCACCAAAGAUGACGAGUUUCUUCAUUUUGAGGAACCAUUUUGUGCUUCAAAACCCUGCUCUUUUAUGAUAAAUGCAAAUGAAGAGACCUGGAGCAAUGCAGAAUCCAGGACAGUGCAAAAUGUCAUUUCUCAGAUGGUUGCACUGAUCAUGUGCUUAAUCAUUUCAGUAUGUACAAGAUAUUUUCUGGGAGGACUGUCUGUCACUUUGUUGCUGAUCAUUUUAGUUUUUCUUUUGUCCCAAGAUGCUCCUGUGUCAACUUUCUUCAGUCUCAAUACAUUUUUCAAAACAACUAAGUUUUGAAAACAAUAAUAAAGAACAAUUGUUGAAAAGAAAAGGAGGAACCAAGUGGAGCUGUGCCCAGUUUGUGUUCCUUAUAGCGUGGAUAGAACAGCUUCUUUAGCAGUCUCCUGGUUGAGUGCAGUUCAACUUCUGAGAUCUAAAGGCAUCUGCACAGCUUCAGACACAACCUGGAAAACCUUUCUUUCCACUCUUAAAGGAGGGUGUUAAUCCUGAGAACAAAGCAUUUUAGAAAGGAGUGCAGUCAUUUGAUCACUCUGCCUAUGAUGAGAAAAUGUCCUACUCACAGCAUGCCAAGCAGGGCUGCCACACCUUGCACUUCAAGUCAGUAGAACUGUUUAUGUAAGGGCUGAAACAUCAGAGCUUGAAAGCUCACUGGUUUUGAAAGCCACUAUCAAUGUUAACCAAAGCAGGUACAACAGGAUGGAGUAGAGAACUGGACACUUGUUGCACGGCAGGACUAAACUAAACACAGAUUGACACAGGUUACUGCAAGACAGGACCUUCCACAGUUCAAAACUUGCUCAUCUCUUGCACUUCAUAAAAAUUUAAAAGCAGACUUGCUACUUCUGUGCAUUUUCAAAUGAGUUCAAUAAUAGUUUUCAUUUUUCCUCCUCCUCAAAUUUAUUUUCAUCAGCUCUUCAGCAUAGAACUCCUGGAUACCUCCUUAUGGCCAUGGUUACAUGUUCCUGUGAGAAAAAAAAAACCAACAGAUUUUGAUAGUAUUCUUCCUCUAAAACACAAUUAAUUUUAGCUUUAUUUUUCUUCUGGUCAAAUAUGAGUGAAGCCUUAGUUCUUGAUGACUACCUGAAAGAAAUCAUGCAAAGAAGUGUUGUACCUGUAGUAUGUUGUCUUGAUAAUAAAAAAUGUUUUGUAAUUCCUGUGAAAUAUUUUUAAAAUAAAAACGAUGCUAUCCCGUAUUUUAUAUAUUAAUUUCUUGUUAUCAUGCUAUCCAAUAUAGUGGAUGUGGAUAGUGGCUUAGUAUAUGUGCUAACUGAUAUAUUAUGCAACUAAAACAGUAUUUAUAAUACUCAUCCUCAUAUUUACUUACAGUUAAUGCACAUGAAUAAUACUGUGUUAAAUAAUUCCUCUUUAUUUAAAGCACAAAGACAACUGAGAGCAAAUAUCACUAGGUAAAAUGUAAAUAUUUUGUUAUCUAUUUUAUUACUAUCAUAAAAGGUCCAUUACUAAAAUCACUUUUAAAACUAAAGGAUUAUAAAGAUCUUUAGUAUUUAAAUAAUCUCUUGAAAUAAUAAUCUGUAAAGUUAAAUCUCAUUCUGAGAGAAAAGUCUAAGACCGCAAUUACCUGCAGUUAACAAAGCAAUUAUGCUGAAAACUAGAAGAGUUCACUUUAAACUCGUUAGUUCACUGUAAACUAUCAAAGAAAAAUCUGAUUGAGAUUGAAAAAAAAAAAAAUGUCUACAAUAAAUUGCUAUAAUCUGUCUAUUAAUAAAUAUAAACUGUAAAUUGGAAUUGUUCUCAGCUGGAGAGAGGGAACUCCUGAGACAAUUUCUCAAUUGUUCAAGGAGUUCUAGGGCUAAAAAUAAAAUGCUCAGGAUGUUAAAAUCUGCCUUCCCUGAUAUUCAUUGAUGUUGAAUUAACAAAGUUCUAGUCAAUUACCAGACUGAUUGGCUUUGGCAGUUCCCUUCCAUAUAUUCCUAUGGACAUAAAAACAUGCCUCAUCUUUUUUCUCUGAAAAUAGGCACAAUCAUAUGUCUCUUCCUGUUGGAUGAAAAAUUGAAGCCAGGAUUUUUCUGAUGUGAAACUGAAAAAAAUUUCCAACCUAAAUGUGUAAAUCCAGAUUUUCAGAGGUAAUGAGUAUUUGCAACUUCUAUUAACUACAGUAUCAAGCCUAGGAUAACUGUGGAAUAUAAUUCUCUCACAGUAAAACCACUUAUUGAUUAGUGAUUAACUGACACUUAUACAAACAGAGAAAACAACUAGAAUUUUAUGGGUUUUUUGUCUCCAGUAAUUAAAUUUUUAUUCCCCUUUAAUAUAGCACCUUAUUUAGAGAAAGAAAAUCAAAUAGAAGUGCUGUGACGUAUAUUUAUAAAACCUUGUGUAUUUUUUCUUACAGUUUAUUGCUUUUUUAAUAUAUAUGAUCUUUAUCAUUACACCUUGUCCUAUAUUCUCUUACUUCAGAUGUGUUCAGCUGAAUUUCAGAGUUAUUCCUGAGAAUAUGUCAUGUAGUGCUUUAUAGGGGAAAUGUUCAUGUGGAAGAUGGUAAUAUUGGUGCCAUUACUUAAUUUUAAAUGUUCCUGGUCUGUGAACAAGUCUGGUUUGUAGUUAUCCUGAAAGCAUUACUCAUAGAAGCCAAAGCAUAGAAAGAUUAAUAUCUUUAAUUUAAGUUAUAUGGAAUAAACAACACGGUACAGAAUACAGGUUAUGACCACGUAGUCCAGUUCUGCAAAAUCUGCUUUUUGAUGUAUAUUUUUAUGAAUUGUCUGCAUUAUUUUAUAAAACUCUUUGCAUGUUUUAUAUACACUGAGCAAAACAAUUGCUUCUUUUAUAUUGUUUAUUUUUUUGUGGUUUCUCAUGCUGCUUUUUUUUCCCCCCCUACCUCUGGCAUUUCCAUACCAGUAAAGUUGUUCCUGUUCUCAUUUCUUUUUGUAUUUGAGAAUGUUUUUAAGUAAUGAAGAUUAUUAUUAUUAUGAGAAAUUACAUGUAUUUCAGUGAAUACUUGUUAUUUGUGAGUUCAUGUCCUGCCCUGCAGAUUAUGUGCUCUUUGAGGGAGGGUUUUUUGGUACUUUAGUGCAAACAUAAAGCCUUGUUUUGUACUGGUGACUACAUUACCUAGAACCAUAGAAAAAUAAAAUAAAAAAUAAGAUUUGAAAAAAACAGUAAUUCAAUAGGAAAUAAAUAAAAAUACAUAGGUUUAAAUUCCCAGUGGGUAUCAAUCAGCUGAGACUCUAAGCUGCAGCACUUCAACAGCUUUGUACAUGGAUAUCAAUUUUCUGGGGUUGGAGCACCUUACAUGAGUGUAUUUAUGGACAAAGUCGAAAUGUUCAAAGUUCCUCUGUAUUAAUAAUAUUAUAAUUGCUAUAAAUGCUAGCACUAUAAUAAUAAUGCUAUGAAGCUUAUUUUUGUUGUUACAUAGAAAUACAUAUUGCAUUGUUUUACACAUGUAACAAAUAAAGUUGUAAUGUAUUAAA